AUGGCUUUUUCCACCAAUCAGAAUCCUCUCCGUCUCAGAAAAAUUCCAAACUUCUUCACCGAUGAAGAGUGCGAAAUGAUCAUAGACUUGGCUCUGGAAAAAGGUAUGAGCGAAAGUCCGCCGAGCCAAGACACUGACAAGAGUGCUGACAAAGAUCCUUGGGAAGAGAAGAUAAAGGCCUGGGACAGAAAUAAAAAUGGAUUUAUCGACAAGACAGAAGUUCUUAAUUUAGCUGGAAAAAGAAAUCUUUAUUUCACAGAAGAUGAUGUUCUAGAAAUGUUUAAAGCUCUAGACUUAGACGAAGACCAAGACGGACUGGAUACUCAUGACUACCUCAAAACUACAGCUAAAACUACGCUAACACUACAAUCAAUUUUAAUUUUUGUUUUUUCCUUUCUCAGACUUGAACAGCUUACCAAACUACCAAAACCAAUACUUCAGCAAAGCGAGCCAGUGCAGGUUGUACGUUACAAGGAAGAAGGUCACUAUCAUUGUCACCAUGACAGCGAGGCAGUCACGCCUGAGAAACAGUGUUGCUUGUACGGCACGAAUGAUUGCAGGCUCUGCAGAUAUCUUACUGUCAUGGUUUUUCUGAAUGACGUAGAGGAAGGAGGCGAGUGUGCAUUUCCUGUUGCUGAUAACGCGACUUUCAGUUGGAAGGUAAACAAACAAAAACACAGCUCUCUUCAAAACAUGAGCAACCUCAUUCGUGCUUUAAAACAAAAUCUCACAAGAAGUGGAGAGUCCUUCUCCACCAUUUGGAAGGUCACCCUGAAGGAACUACAACAAAGUUCAUUGGAAAAUCUCAACGCUUAUUUUGACAAAGACAAAUUGUCGAAACCGCGCCUGCGCAGUCAAAGUAGUCAGCAAGUUUGGUUAUGGCACGAUGAUGACGAACUUUUACAAUACGAAGGGCUACUUGAAGAUUAUCACGACAGUUCACUUUCUCGCAAUUGGUUUCUCACUUGUUUUCAACAUGUUACUUUAUCUGUCAGAUAUCUUACUGUCAUGGUUUUUCUGAAUGACGUAGAGGAAGGAGGCGAGUGUGCAUUUCCUGUUGCUGAUAACGCGACUUUCAGUUGGAAGGCUUGGUCAAAUGAGACAUCCCAAAGAUGCAACAUGGUUAAGCAUUGCGAUAAAUCAAAUUUGGUCAUCAAGCCACAGAGAGGUACCGCGCUUCUGUGGUAUAAUCACCUGCUUGAUGAUGCAAACAGAUGGAUUGGCAAUUUAGAUCCUCUCUCCUAUCAAGGAAGCUGUCGCGUUAAAAAAGGAGAAAAAUGGGUGGCAAAAAUUUGGAUCAACAUCAACGGCGACGGCAAGCGGGAGCUUAGGGCUUGGAAGAUGGGACACAACUGGCUCGCCCCGAACAAUUACAACAAGGAUAUCACAUAUGCUUUACAAGCAGAGAUUACGAAAGAAGCGGCAACUGAAAAUAAGUAUACGCGAGAUAACAAUGACUCUGAAAACAAGGGGCGGGAUGAUAUUCAUAGUGUUAUGAGUAAUAAAGAGGACUCGUCCAAGAAAGACGAACUUACUACGACGGGAGGAACAGUCGAAUCAGAGGAAAGACGCGGUCAAGACCGUGAUAUCAUGACAAACGAAGAAACAACCGUUGAAAUUUUAGAUGAUUCACAGGAGGUUGUCCCUAGAGGGCCAAAAUCAACAAGAACAGAAACGUCUUCACCUCUUCCCCUCACGGAAGAGCAAAUGACUCCAAAAGGGCCUUCAGUAGGUCAACUUCCGUCGCAGAACUUCGCGGGCAAUCGCAUAAUGCAAUCUAUAAUGCUUCUCUUAGAAGAACUGGAUCAAGUAGAACUUGAAAUUAUCGCGAGAAAUUUGCACACGAAACUUAAACUUGUUUGUGUUCCUCUUAUAGUGAACCCAAUGGGCAGAAUUUAGUACCACAUCUCUCGCUAUAACACAGGACGCUUUAAAAUUGUUUAUUUUUCUUAGUGUUUCCUUUAAGUACAGUUAAACAUGAAAGUGAGAGAGUACAAACGCUGAGAGAAGAGCUGCACUCGACAACACCAGAGAGUGAAGAAAAUGUGAUACAGCAUUCUGAGUUUGAAUGUGACACUUUGAUACGUUUACUCAUAUCGCGUCAUCAGCACCAAAAAUUGUCUAGUAAGAUAACAAACACGAAAGACCGUAUUCGACCACAAUAAACAAACACCUAGAAGAGAGUAAAUACGACGCGCAGCGGAGUAUUUUUGACAAACUUCGAGGUAUUUGGUAAUGUGGUUGAACACGGUGUUUGAUAUAUCUUCUGAAUCGAAACUAAAUCUAGGAGAAACUGGGGAAACUCUUAGAAAUCUUUGCUAAUUAAGAUCAGAUAUCUAAACACCGUCACGGUCAUGAUUUCCAUUGUUUAAACUGGAUAAAUCGUUAUUGAGUUUUAAAAUCGGGUUUCAAAGUGGUAACUGAAAAUCUAAAGAAGUUACAUGCCGCAUCUCCAACAAAACCCCUCGAGUUAUUAUUUUUUUUUAAAUCUCUAAUCUCUAUUUAAAUUAAGACGUUGAUACUCUCAAAACUGAUUGACAGGGUUCAUGUGUUUCGCACAUGUAUUCCAUAUCUGGAAUACAUGUCAUUACACUAUUGUUUUUACGACUUCUAUUUUAUGAUCAACAACUGAUGUUUUUAAUUAACAAUUAGAUUACGAGCUCAGAUUUCUAUUUUGAGUUUUUCCGUGUUUACAUAGCCUCCUCAAAACACGAGGAGGGCUCGGUGAAUUCGAAACGAAGUCAAGGGCUUACACAAAUUUCGAGAAUUCUUCCAGCCCCUGAGUGUCUAGACGAGGCUAUGUAAACGCGGAAGAAAUGCUCUAUCGCUUUCAAAAAAAAAUUUCAAGAAUACGAGCGAAUCUAGAACGUCACAACUGUGGUUACAGAAUCUCAUCUAAACAUUCCUAUUUUAUAAACUGAAAUGAUACAUACAUAAUAAAUACUCAAAACCACUAAUCCUUGAACUAAUACGAUAAGUACCGUACUAUAAAAAAUUAAAAUGAAAAUGAGAACAAGACAGGUAACUACUGACAAAAUAUGUAUGUAAAUUCCCGCUCGGACAUCUACAAGAGAAAGACCGAAACGACAGAAAGCGUUUUGAAAAGAUUUAGUUAUUAAAUUAACAUUGACGAAAAUAUACCAAUUUUUUUCAGCUAUACUGCAAUAGGGUAACUUCAAAGUGUCCGGGUUUUCUGCAGUU